GCCAUUAUUUAUUACUUUUUAAUUUCUUGUGGUAAGGCUAUGUAUGGUUUUGAAUAAAUACAAAUAAACUCUAAAUCCAACCCUCAUUCUUUCAUUUAAAUCCAGUUUUCCUUAGACUUUAUAUAGGACAGCUUCAAAAAAAAUGUCCCGGGAUUAUCAUAUUGACAGUUUCUGAAAUAAAUGUCAGUAAUAAGAAAUAAAAAGCAGAUGUGUCAUAGUCUACCAGCAGGCUAGUGUUUGUACUUAAGGAACUGUAAUCUUCCAUGAGCUGACCCCUGCUGAGCCUGACUGCUGCCUGCUGAUUGGCUACACACUAAGUAGCAGUAAAUUGGCCCACAGCUUCUCUGCAAGCAACAAGCUGCUGCAGUUCUACCUGUCAGUACUUCCAGGACAAUGGGUAUCUGGUGUCAGAAAGUAACUUUUACAAUCACUAGUUAGCUAAAAAUAGCUAGUUAGCAAAAACUAGCUCACUAUGCAUUCAUAGCUUGAUUUAAGACAUUUGAAGAGAUCACAGGCUUUCCUCCCAAAGGAAGAUGAAGAAGGUGGUCAAGGACACCCGAGCAUAUUUAACUUUUUCUACUAUGGAUUUAUUUGCUGGGCCAAAACUUUUGGAUUUUAAGAAUUCACCACCACAUCUUCAGUUCAACAAGUAUGUCCUGACAGGAUACCGGCCUAUAUCUACUUACAGAGACUGUCUGCGAAGUUUGUUCUAUCUGCAUAAUGAAUUUGGGAACAUCUAUACACAUGGUAUCCCCUUCAUAUGUUUUUUGCUGUUUUUGCCUGUGAGUAUACCGUGGGCUGAAGUUGAUGAGUGGUGGAUUGGUGUGGUGCAUUAUCUGGCUUGUCUGUCUCCCACUGUUUGUUCAGUCUUCUACCAUCUCUUCAUGAACCAUGAGGGUGGAGCGCCUAUUUAUGACACACUGCUGUGCUUUGACAUGGUUGGCGUCUGUCUUGUCAACACUCUUGGUGCUCUGCCAAUCAUUUACAUAACUUUGUUGUGUUAUCCAUCUUCCCGUCGUGUGGCGAUGUUGGCAUAUCUCCUCCUCUCUGGCUAUGGUGUUCACUGUGCUGUCACUGCACGAAGUAACGUGCAUCGCCUGCAAUCUUUCGUCUGGCAGGCGUUUUUCCGCUUCCUUCUCUUUAUGUUGCGUCUGACUGGCGCAGGCAGAGGAAGCCCUGGCUCCCUUCGUCUCUACUUCACCAUGGAUGCUCUGGCAUUGCUAGGAGGACUUGUCAAUAUCUCCCGCCUGCCCGAACGUUUCAGUCCUGGACGGUUCGACUACUGGUUAAACAGUCACCAAAUAAUGCACAUCAUGGUCAUCCUGUCCAUUCUGUACUUACACUGGGGCAUGCUGGAGGAUUUAACUUGGUUGAAGGUAUAUCACUGUCCUAGUGAAUAAACUUGCAGAGUGAUAUGAUAUUUAAAGAAAUCUCGGAGUGAUGGUGGUCAUAUCAAUUGUUAAUGUAAUGGUAAUUUCUUUGAUAUAUAUUCCAAUUUACAUCUACAAAAUGACAGAUGAAUUUAUACCACAGACGUUGAUGGGCACACAACCUGUGAUGUCAACGACAAUAUAUGGAAAGAGUCCCUUUUCUUUUAAAAGUUGAUAGGCCUAUAUAUUAUGCACGCACAAUUAUAUGGUUAGUUGAAUUGUACACAAUUUGCAUUUAGCACUGUUUUUCACUCCUGGCUACAGCCAUAUAAGAACAGACCUAUUUUUGUGUUGAGAACCAAAGAAAACCAUUGUACAAAUCC